GACAAAGAUGAUAUUGAAGUCGAUGUUCUGAACACACUUUUGUUUGAUGAGUCAUCACCUGUCGAAAAUUUAGUUGAAACUUGUUUCCCGGUGUCUGAGCAAGUACAAGAGAAAAAGUUGUUGAAAGACACAUGCAGAAAUAUUACACUAGUUGCAGACUAUGAACUCGAGAAGCUGAAAGAAACAUGUAUACCAAAUAAUACAAGGAUUAACAUGAACUGGGCUGUAAGAACUUGGAAAGAAUGGGCAGAGAAAAGUAAGCUGCAAGAUGGAGCAGUACUAGCCCAAGGCCAGUUGUAUACACUUGUGAAUACUGAUAUUGUUGAACUCAAUGACGAAGAAUUGAAUUAUUGGAUGAGCAAGAUGGUUGUUGAAGUUCGCAAAAAUAAAGAUGUAGGGGACUUUUAUCCACCAAAUAUGCUAUAUCAGCUGUGCUGUGGUUUACUGCGAUGGAUAAGAGACAGUGGACGUCCAUGA